AAAAUUGUUUGCUGAAUUUCUGCACAGCCCUCCUUCCAAUUGCCAGAGAGAGAGGGGGAGUGAGAAAGAGUGAGAGUUUAAGGCAGGCUCUGCACUGGUGUUCUGGGCUAUUUCAACUUCAGGGCAACUUUAGAGAACUUCAGUUAGUUUUGCUCCUCUGAAGCGCCCGUCAGGAGCCAGAGCAACACAUGGCAGUGGAGAUGUAGCAACAGCAGCACAGCACCUACGACUCUCAAAUGGAUUCUUAUGAUGACAGGCAGGAAAAACGGAGUGGCAUUUGUCUUGAGGUUGAAAAGAAAAGGUUCUGGACGACAGCUGAGACCGGCCGAGCCUCCAGGAGAUGGUGAUGCUGAUGCAGAUGCAGAAGACGAAGAUUCUGUUAAUGAAGUGGCAGUAGAAGACAUCCGUCCAAGGCCACAAGGAUCCUCUCCGGUUUAUGAAUAUUCCAUAGAAGAAGGGUAUUCAAAGCUUCAAGAAGAAAACAAAAAAUAUUCUACAGACAAAUCAAAACAGAGUCAUCCACAGGAGACAAUGGAAGUGACCCUGAAAACAGAAGUGGAAGCUGGUGCCAGUGGUUUUAGUGUGAUGGGUGGAGGAAAUGAAGGACUGUAUAUUAAAAAAGUGCUUAAGGAAUCUCCUGCUUCAAAAAUAUUUAGUCUGAGAGAAGGUGAUCAACUUCUAAGUGCUACGAUAUUUUUCGAUAAUAUCAAAUAUGAAGAUGCACUCAAGAUUCUCCAAUAUUCUGAGCCAUACAGAGUCCAAUUCAGCCUCAAAAGAAAAAUUACUGCGAAAGAAGAGCUAGAACACAUUCAGUCUACAGCCCAGUAUAAAAAGGAAAGAAUAAGCCAGGAAAAGGAACUCAGUGAGACCAUUCCUGAAGAAACACUGCAUGUGUCAGGAAAAGCUAUUUCAGAAGAAGACAGGGAAACACUAAUUGUAAGCCAAAGGGUAGGAAGAAGCAAGCGACCUAAAAAAGAUCGGUUAUCAUGGCCAAAAUUCCAGUCAAUUAAAAAUAAAAAGAUACUUGGGCACAGAAGAUCUCAUAGUACAUCAGAUGCAUAUGAGCCUGCUAUACAGGACAUUUCUCCUACCAGCACAGACACCGAGUCUCAAUUCCAACAAGAAGUCCAUACCAAAGAAAAAAAAGGAAGCCAAAAGAAACUGAAGUUCCCUAGCAUUGGAUUCAAAAUGCACAGAUCCAAACCAGAAACACAAGACAAGCAAAGAAAAGAAAUAAAAACUACACUGUUAUCUGAAAGAGAAAAAACAGGUGAAGAAGACAGCAGCCUUGAAAAUCCCGAAAUACUAACUGUUGAAUAUACCACAUCUCCUGCUUAUGAAAUUAAAACAGGGGAAGUCCAUGACAUUUUAACAAAAGACUUAAAAGAUAUGAAAAAUGGUAUCCCAUCACAUACUAAAAAAUGCCCUGAAGUUGAAAUAAGCAUUAAAAAAGAAAAGGACAAGGAAUCAACCGCAAAAUUUACUGUACCUGAAGAACCACCUAUAUCAACACAGAUUUCAAAGCCCAGCUUAGAAACACCUGAUCUGAAUGAAAGCCCAACUAAAAAAUCACCGCAAUCCUCAACAAAAUCCCGAAAAAAGAAACAGAAAAGAAUAGGAGAUAAAACAGAAGGAGAAAGUGAAAUUAACAUAGGCAUGAUGGGUCACACAGCAAAAGGAUCUGUACAGGUAAAAGGUCUAGAAAUAGGCACUGCUAAAGCAGAAUUACACACAAUACCUGACGCACUGGAAAUAGGAGAAAAACAAGCAGAAGAAGACACAAAAAUACUAAUGACUCAGAAAAUAAAAAUGGAGGUUUUAAUGCCCAAAAUAAAAGAGCUAGAGACUGAAAACACCAAACCAGGAAGUGAUGUUCCACAUUCAGUACCAGAAACAGCAACUGAUAAAAGUUCAGAGGAUGGCAGGAAUUUGGAUGUGAAAACUCAAAUGUUUGAUGCAGAAUCAGAAUCAACUACUUGGAAAAUACAAAUGCCGUCAUUCAAAAUGGACAAAACACUUAAAGCUGACAUGGGAAUACAAAAAGAAGAAACCACUCUUGAAUCAGAAGAUAACUUCAAACAGACACAGGCAGAAGAUGAAGAUAUGUCCACAAAUGAUAAGACAUUGAAGGUGGACAUGAUGAUGAAGAGAGCAGAAAAAGACACUGAAGGAAAAGAGAGCAAAUUCAGACUGCCAAAGUUUAAAAUGCCUACAUUUACCUGGGCAACAACAAAGGAUGAGAGAGGACAAAAUGAAAGUCAGGGAGGUGAAAAGGAAGGAAGAGCAACAUUAAUAGAAAAAGGUGAAAAACCUUCCUCAAGGGAAAAUCAUUUGGAUGAGAAAGAAGGAAACAUAAUAAGACAAAAUGAUUAUGAAAUAAAAAAAGAAGAAUUCAGCACACCAUCAGAAAAAAAAGAAGAAAUAUCUAAAAUGGUGACAGUCACAAAAGAGGGCCUUGUGGUGGACCUGAAGUCUGAUGUCCCGAACACCAAAGCUGAAGGGGCCGGCUGGAAAGUGGAGAAGCCCUCCCUCAAAAUGCCCAAAGCUGACAUCAAAGCUCCCAAGGUGGACAUCAGCCUCCCGUCUGUGGACGUCACCCUUCCCAAGGCCAGCGUCGACCUGCAGGCGCCCGAGGCAUCCCUCACCCUGGAAGGGGAAGCCAAAGCCCCAGAGAAGGAGGCCACAAAGACCAAGGACGGCAAGUUCAAGAUGCCCAAGUUCGGCAUGCCUUCCUUUGGCUGGUCCAGCAGCAGAGAGGCCAAGGCCACCGUGGCCGCUGAUGCGGACGUCAGCCUCAAGGAGCCCCACGUGACGGUGCCCUCGGGAACCGCCGAAGUCGACGUGACCCUGCCGGCGGCCGACAUCCAAGCGCCCGCCGUGGAGGUGACCGUCGAGACGGCCGCCGCAGGAGAGGGCGAGAAAGGUCGAUUCAAGAUGCCCGACGUCAAGAUGCCCAGCGUCAAGCUGCCCAAAGUCAAAGCUCCGCACGUGCAGGUCAGCCUGCCCAAGGCCGAGGUCUCCCUGCCCAAAGGCCAGGCCGAAGUCCAGGAGGGCGAAGUCGCCCUGCAGGGCCCCGAUGCCGAAGGCGGCCUGGAGGUGGCUGCCGGCAAAGUGGAGGGGGGUGGCAUGAAAAUACACAUGCCCAAAGUCAAGGUGCCCAGCGUGGCCUUCUCCAAGCCGACCGUCAAGGCUCCCAAAGUGGAGGCGGACGUCAGCCUGCCCAAAGUCGACGCCAGCCUCCCAGAGGCCGAGCUCAAGGCCGGCGACGCCGACAUCAGCAUCGCGGCCCCCGACGGCAAGCUGCCCUCCGUCGAAGGCUCCCUGGAGCUCCAGGCGCCCGACGUAGACCUCAAAGUGCCCUCUGGCGAAGGCUCCCUUGAGGGAGCCGAGCUGGAAGCCACGGGCCUGAAAGGGAAGCUGAAGCUGCCCAAGUUUGACAAGCCCAAAUUCGGAGUGUCGCCUCCCAAGGUGGAAGGGCUGGAAGGCGAGGUCAGCCUGCCCAGCGCAGACGUCGACCUGCCCUCCGCCACCGUGACGGCCGCAGCCGACGUCCCCGGCGCCAAAGCCGAAGGGGCCGGCUGGAAGGUGGAGAAGCCCUCCCUCAAAAUGCCCAAAGCUGACAUCAAAGCUCCCAAGGUGGACAUCAGCCUCCCGUCUGUGGACGUCACCCUUCCCAAGGCCAGCGUCGACCUGCAGGCGCCCGAGGCAUCCCUCACCCUGGAAGGGGAAGCCAAAGCCCCAGAGAAGGAGGCCACAAAGACCAAGGACGGCAAGUUCAAGAUGCCCAAGUUCGGCAUGCCUUCCUUUGGCUGGUCCAGCAGCAGAGAGGCCAAGGCCACCGUGGCCGCUGAUGCGGACGUCAGCCUCAAGGAGCCCCACGUGACGGUGCCCUCGGGAACCGCCGAAGUCGACGUGACCCUGCCGGCGGCCGACAUCCAAGCGCCCGCCGUGGAGGUGACCGUCGAGACGGCCGCCGCAGGAGAGGGCGAGAAAGGUCGAUUCAAGAUGCCCGACGUCAAGAUGCCCAGCGUCAAGCUGCCCAAAGUCAAAGCUCCGCACGUGCAGGUCAGCCUGCCCAAGGCCGAGGUCUCCCUGCCCAAAGGCCAGGCCGAAGUCCAGGAGGGCGAAGUCGCCCUGCAGGGCCCCGAUGCCGAAGGCGGCCUGGAGGUGGCUGCCGGCAAAGUGGAGGGGGGUGGCAUGAAAAUACACAUGCCCAAAGUCAAGGUGCCCAGCGUGGCCUUCUCCAAGCCGACCGUCAAGGCUCCCAAAGUGGAGGCGGACGUCAGCCUGCCCAAAGUCGACGCCAGCCUCCCAGAGGCCGAGCUCAAGGCCGGCGACGCCGACAUCAGCAUCGCGGCCCCCGACGGCAAGCUGCCCUCCGUCGAAGGCUCCCUGGAGCUCCAGGCGCCCGACGUAGACCUCAAAGUGCCCUCUGGCGAAGGCUCCCUUGAGGGAGCCGAGCUGGAAGCCACGGGCCUGAAAGGGAAGCUGAAGCUGCCCAAGUUUGACAAGCCCAAAUUCGGAGUGUCGCCUCCCAAGGUGGAAGGGCUGGAAGGCGAGGUCAGCCUGCCCAGCGCAGACGUCGACCUGCCCUCCGCCACCGUGACGGCCGCAGCCGACGUCCCCGGCGCCAAAGCCGAAGGGGCCGGCUGGAAGGUGGAGAAGCCCUCCCUCAAAAUGCCCAAAGCUGACAUCAAAGCUCCCAAGGUGGACAUCAGCCUCCCGUCUGUGGACGUCACCCUUCCCAAGGCCAGCGUCGACCUGCAGGCGCCCGAGGCAUCCCUCACCCUGGAAGGGGAAGCCAAAGCCCCAGAGAAGGAGGCCACAAAGACCAAGGACGGCAAGUUCAAGAUGCCCAAGUUCGGCAUGCCUUCCUUUGGCUGGUCCAGCAGCAGAGAGGCCAAGGCCACCGUGGCCGCUGAUGCGGACGUCAGCCUCAAGGAGCCCCACGUGACGGUGCCCUCGGGAACCGCCGAAGUCGACGUGACCCUGCCGGCGGCCGACAUCCAAGCGCCCGCCGUGGAGGUGACCGUCGAGACGGCCGCCGCAGGAGAGGGCGAGAAAGGUCGAUUCAAGAUGCCCGACGUCAAGAUGCCCAGCGUCAAGCUGCCCAAAGUCAAAGCUCCGCACGUGCAGGUCAGCCUGCCCAAGGCCGAGGUCUCCCUGCCCAAAGGCCAGGCCGAAGUCCAGGAGGGCGAAGUCGCCCUGCAGGGCCCCGAUGCCGAAGGCGGCCUGGAGGUGGCUGCCGGCAAAGUGGAGGGGGGUGGCAUGAAAAUACACAUGCCCAAAGUCAAGGUGCCCAGCGUGGCCUUCUCCAAGCCGACCGUCAAGGCUCCCAAAGUGGAGGCGGACGUCAGCCUGCCCAAAGUCGACGCCAGCCUCCCAGAGGCCGAGCUCAAGGCCGGCGACGCCGACAUCAGCAUCGCGGCCCCCGACGGCAAGCUGCCCUCCGUCGAAGGCUCCCUGGAGCUCCAGGCGCCCGACGUAGACCUCAAAGUGCCCUCUGGCGAAGGCUCCCUUGAGGGAGCCGAGCUGGAAGCCACGGGCCUGAAAGGGAAGCUGAAGCUGCCCAAGUUUGACAAGCCCAAAUUCGGAGUGUCGCCUCCCAAGGUGGAAGGGCUGGAAGGCGAGGUCAGCCUGCCCAGCGCAGACGUCGACCUGCCCUCCGCCACCGUGACGGCCGCAGCCGACGUCCCCGGCGCCAAAGCCGAAGGGGCCGGCUGGAAGGUGGAGAAGCCCUCCCUCAAAAUGCCCAAAGCUGACAUCAAAGCUCCCAAGGUGGACAUCAGCCUCCCGUCUGUGGACGUCACCCUUCCCAAGGCCAGCGUCGACCUGCAGGCGCCCGAGGCAUCCCUCACCCUGGAAGGGGAAGCCAAAGCCCCAGAGAAGGAGGCCACAAAGACCAAGGACGGCAAGUUCAAGAUGCCCAAGUUCGGCAUGCCUUCCUUUGGCUGGUCCAGCAGCAGAGAGGCCAAGGCCACCGUGGCCGCUGAUGCGGACGUCAGCCUCAAGGAGCCCCACGUGACGGUGCCCUCGGGAACCGCCGAAGUCGACGUGACCCUGCCGGCGGCCGACAUCCAAGCGCCCGCCGUGGAGGUGACCGUCGAGACGGCCGCCGCAGGAGAGGGCGAGAAAGGUCGAUUCAAGAUGCCCGACGUCAAGAUGCCCAGCGUCAAGCUGCCCAAAGUCAAAGCUCCGCACGUGCAGGUCAGCCUGCCCAAGGCCGAGGUCUCCCUGCCCAAAGGCCAGGCCGAAGUCCAGGAGGGCGAAGUCGCCCUGCAGGGCCCCGAUGCCGAAGGCGGCCUGGAGGUGGCUGCCGGCAAAGUGGAGGGGGGUGGCAUGAAAAUACACAUGCCCAAAGUCAAGGUGCCCAGCGUGGCCUUCUCCAAGCCGACCGUCAAGGCUCCCAAAGUGGAGGCGGACGUCAGCCUGCCCAAAGUCGACGCCAGCCUCCCAGAGGCCGAGCUCAAGGCCGGCGACGCCGACAUCAGCAUCGCGGCCCCCGACGGCAAGCUGCCCUCCGUCGAAGGCUCCCUGGAGCUCCAGGCGCCCGACGUAGACCUCAAAGUGCCCUCUGGCGAAGGCUCCCUUGAGGGAGCCGAGCUGGAAGCCACGGGCCUGAAAGGGAAGCUGAAGCUGCCCAAGUUUGACAAGCCCAAAUUCGGAGUGUCGCCUCCCAAGGUGGAAGGGCUGGAAGGCGAGGUCAGCCUGCCCAGCGCAGACGUCGACCUGCCCUCCGCCACCGUGACGGCCGCAGCCGACGUCCCCGGCGCCAAAGCCGAAGGGGCCGGCUGGAAGGUGGAGAAGCCCUCCCUCAAAAUGCCCAAAGCUGACAUCAAAGCUCCCAAGGUGGACAUCAGCCUCCCGUCUGUGGACGUCACCCUUCCCAAGGCCAGCGUCGACCUGCAGGCGCCCGAGGCAUCCCUCACCCUGGAAGGGGAAGCCAAAGCCCCAGAGAAGGAGGCCACAAAGACCAAGGACGGCAAGUUCAAGAUGCCCAAGUUCGGCAUGCCUUCCUUUGGCUGGUCCAGCAGCAGAGAGGCCAAGGCCACCGUGGCCGCUGAUGCGGACGUCAGCCUCAAGGAGCCCCACGUGACGGUGCCCUCGGGAACCGCCGAAGUCGACGUGACCCUGCCGGCGGCCGACAUCCAAGCGCCCGCCGUGGAGGUGACCGUCGAGACGGCCGCCGCAGGAGAGGGCGAGAAAGGUCGAUUCAAGAUGCCCGACGUCAAGAUGCCCAGCGUCAAGCUGCCCAAAGUCAAAGCUCCGCACGUGCAGGUCAGCCUGCCCAAGGCCGAGGUCUCCCUGCCCAAAGGCCAGGCCGAAGUCCAGGAGGGCGAAGUCGCCCUGCAGGGCCCCGAUGCCGAAGGCGGCCUGGAGGUGGCUGCCGGCAAAGUGGAGGGGGGUGGCAUGAAAAUACACAUGCCCAAAGUCAAGGUGCCCAGCGUGGCCUUCUCCAAGCCGACCGUCAAGGCUCCCAAAGUGGAGGCGGACGUCAGCCUGCCCAAAGUCGACGCCAGCCUCCCAGAGGCCGAGCUCAAGGCCGGCGACGCCGACAUCAGCAUCGCGGCCCCCGACGGCAAGCUGCCCUCCGUCGAAGGCUCCCUGGAGCUCCAGGCGCCCGACGUAGACCUCAAAGUGCCCUCUGGCGAAGGCUCCCUUGAGGGAGCCGAGCUGGAAGCCACGGGCCUGAAAGGGAAGCUGAAGCUGCCCAAGUUUGACAAGCCCAAAUUCGGAGUGUCGCCUCCCAAGGUGGAAGCGCUGGAAGGCGAGGUCAGCCUGCCCAGCGCAGACGUCGACCUGCCCUCCGCCACCGUGACGGCCGCAGCCGACGUCCCCGGCGCCAAAGCCGAAGGGGCCGGCUGGAAGGUGGAGAAGCCCUCCCUCAAAAUGCCCAAAGCUGACAUCAAAGCUCCCAAGGUGGACAUCAGCCUCCCGUCUGUGGACGUCACCCUUCCCAAGGCCAGCGUCGACCUGCAGGCGCCCGAGGCAUCCCUCACCCUGGAAGGGGAAGCCAAAGCCCCAGAGAAGGAGGCCACAAAGACCAAGGACGGCAAGUUCAAGAUGCCCAAGUUCGGCAUGCCUUCCUUUGGCUGGUCCAGCAGCAGAGAGGCCAAGGCCACCGUGGCCGCUGAUGCGGACGUCAGCCUCAAGGAGCCCCACGUGACGGUGCCCUCGGGAACCGCCGAAGUCGACGUGACCCUGCCGGCGGCCGACAUCCAAGCGCCCGCCGUGGAGGUGACCGUCGAGACGGCCGCCGCAGGAGAGGGCGAGAAAGGUCGAUUCAAGAUGCCCGACGUCAAGAUGCCCAGCGUCAAGCUGCCCAAAGUCAAAGCUCCGCACGUGCAGGUCAGCCUGCCCAAGGCCGAGGUCUCCCUGCCCAAAGGCCAGGCCGAAGUCCAGGAGGGCGAAGUCGCCCUGCAGGGCCCCGAUGCCGAAGGCGGCCUGGAGGUGGCUGCCGGCAAAGUGGAGGGGGGUGGCAUGAAAAUACACAUGCCCAAAGUCAAGGUGCCCAGCGUGGCCUUCUCCAAGCCGACCGUCAAGGCUCCCAAAGUGGAGGCGGACGUCAGCCUGCCCAAAGUCGACGCCAGCCUCCCAGAGGCCGAGCUCAAGGCCGGCGACGCCGACAUCAGCAUCGCGGCCCCCGACGGCAAGCUGCCCUCCGUCGAAGGCUCCCUGGAGCUCCAGGCGCCCGACGUAGACCUCAAAGUGCCCUCUGGCGAAGGCUCCCUUGAGGGAGCCGAGCUGGAAGCCACGGGCCUGAAAGGGAAGCUGAAGCUGCCCAAGUUUGACAAGCCCAAAUUCGGAGUGUCGCCUCCCAAGGUGGAAGGGCUGGAAGGCGAGGUCAGCCUGCCCAGCGCAGACGUCGACCUGCCCUCCGCCACCGUGACGGCCGCAGCCGACGUCCCCGGCGCCAAAGCCGAAGGGGCCGGCUGGAAGGUGGAGAAGCCCUCCCUCAAAAUGCCCAAAGCUGACAUCAAAGCUCCCAAGGUGGACAUCAGCCUCCCGUCUGUGGACGUCACCCUUCCCAAGGCCAGCGUCGACCUGCAGGCGCCCGAGGCAUCCCUCACCCUGGAAGGGGAAGCCAAAGCCCCAGAGAAGGAGGCCACAAAGACCAAGGACGGCAAGUUCAAGAUGCCCAAGUUCGGCAUGCCUUCCUUUGGCUGGUCCAGCAGCAGAGAGGCCAAGGCCACCGUGGCCGCUGAUGCGGACGUCAGCCUCAAGGAGCCCCACGUGACGGUGCCCUCGGGAACCGCCGAAGUCGACGUGACCCUGCCGGCGGCCGACAUCCAAGCGCCCGCCGUGGAGGUGACCGUCGAGACGGCCGCCGCAGGAGAGGGCGAGAAAGGUCGAUUCAAGAUGCCCGACGUCAAGAUGCCCAGCGUCAAGCUGCCCAAAGUCAAAGCUCCGCACGUGCAGGUCAGCCUGCCCAAGGCCGAGGUCUCCCUGCCCAAAGGCCAGGCCGAAGUCCAGGAGGGCGAAGUCGCCCUGCAGGGCCCCGAUGCCGAAGGCGGCCUGGAGGUGGCUGCCGGCAAAGUGGAGGGGGGUGGCAUGAAAAUACACAUGCCCAAAGUCAAGGUGCCCAGCGUGGCCUUCUCCAAGCCGACCGUCAAGGCUCCCAAAGUGGAGGCGGACGUCAGCCUGCCCAAAGUCGACGCCAGCCUCCCAGAGGCCGAGCUCAAGGCCGGCGACGCCGACAUCAGCAUCGCGGCCCCUGACGGCAAGCUGCCCUCCGUCGAAGGCUCCCUGGAGCUCCAGGCGCCCGACGUAGACCUCAAAGUGCCCUCUGGCGAAGGCUCCCUUGAGGGAGCCGAGCUGGAAGCCACGGGCCUGAAAGGGAAGCUGAAGCUGCCCAAGUUUGACAAGCCCAAAUUCGGAGUGUCGCCUCCCAAGGUGGAAGCGCUGGAAGGCGAGGUCAGCCUGCCCAGCGCAGACGUCGACCUGCCCUCCGCCACCGUGACGGCCGCAGCCGACGUCCCCGGCGCCAAAGCCGAAGGGGCCGGCUGGAAGGUGGAGAAGCCCUCCCUCAAAAUGCCCAAAGCUGACAUCAAAGCUCCCAAGGUGGACAUCAGCCUCCCGUCUGUGGACGUCACCCUUCCCAAGGCCAGCGUCGACCUGCAGGCGCCCGAGGCAUCCCUCACCCUGGAAGGGGAAGCCAAAGCCCCAGAGAAGGAGGCCACAAAGACCAAGGACGGCAAGUUCAAGAUGCCCAAGUUCGGCAUGCCUUCCUUUGGCUGGUCCAGCAGCAGAGAGGCCAAGGCCACCGUGGCCGCUGAUGCGGACGUCAGCCUCAAGGAGCCCCACGUGACGGUGCCCUCGGGAACCGCCGAAGUCGACGUGACCCUGCCGGCGGCCGACAUCCAAGCGCCCGCCGUGGAGGUGACCGUCGAGACGGCCGCCGCAGGAGAGGGCGAGAAAGGUCGAUUCAAGAUGCCCGACGUCAAGAUGCCCAGCGUCAAGCUGCCCAAAGUCAAAGCUCCGCACGUGCAGGUCAGCCUGCCCAAGGCCGAGGUCUCCCUGCCCAAAGGCCAGGCCGAAGUCCAGGAGGGCGAAGUCGCCCUGCAGGGCCCCGAUGCCGAAGGCGGCCUGGAGGUGGCUGCCGGCAAAGUGGAGGGGGGUGGCAUGAAAAUACACAUGCCCAAAGUCAAGGUGCCCAGCGUGGCCUUCUCCAAGCCGACCGUCAAGGCUCCCAAAGUGGAGGCGGACGUCAGCCUGCCCAAAGUCGACGCCAGCCUCCCAGAGGCCGAGCUCAAGGCCGGCGACGCCGACAUCAGCAUCGCGGCCCCCGACGGCAAGCUGCCCUCCGUCGAAGGCUCCCUGGAGCUCCAGGCGCCCGACGUAGACCUCAAAGUGCCCUCUGGCGAAGGCUCCCUUGAGGGAGCCGAGCUGGAAGCCACGGGCCUGAAAGGGAAGCUGAAGCUGCCCAAGUUUGACAAGCCCAAAUUCGGAGUGUCGCCUCCCAAGGUGGAAGGGCUGGAAGGCGAGGUCAGCCUGCCCAGCGCAGACGUCGACCUGCCCUCCGCCACCGUGACGGCCGCAGCCGACGUCCCCGGCGCCAAAGCCGAAGGGGCCGGCUGGAAGGUGGAGAAGCCCUCCCUCAAAAUGCCCAAAGCUGACAUCAAAGCUCCCAAGGUGGACAUCAGCCUCCCGUCUGUGGACGUCACCCUUCCCAAGGCCAGCGUCGACCUGCAGGCGCCCGAGGCAUCCCUCACCCUGGAAGGGGAAGCCAAAGCCCCAGAGAAGGAGGCCACAAAGACCAAGGACGGCAAGUUCAAGAUGCCCAAGUUCGGCAUGCCUUCCUUUGGCUGGUCCAGCAGCAGAGAGGCCAAGGCCACCGUGGCCGCUGAUGCGGACGUCAGCCUCAAGGAGCCCCACGUGACGGUGCCCUCGGGAACCGCCGAAGUCGACGUGACCCUGCCGGCGGCCGACAUCCAAGCGCCCGCCGUGGAGGUGACCGUCGAGACGGCCGCCGCAGGAGAGGGCGAGAAAGGUCGAUUCAAGAUGCCCGACGUCAAGAUGCCCAGCGUCAAGCUGCCCAAAGUCAAAGCUCCGCACGUGCAGGUCAGCCUGCCCAAGGCCGAGGUCUCCCUGCCCAAAGGCCAGGCCGAAGUCCAGGAGGGCGAAGUCGCCCUGCAGGGCCCCGAUGCCGAAGGCGGCCUGGAGGUGGCUGCCGGCAAAGUGGAGGGGGGUGGCAUGAAAAUACACAUGCCCAAAGUCAAGGUGCCCAGCGUGGCCUUCUCCAAGCCGACCGUCAAGGCUCCCAAAGUGGAGGCGGACGUCAGCCUGCCCAAAGUCGACGCCAGCCUCCCAGAGGCCGAGCUCAAGGCCGGCGACGCCGACAUCAGCAUCGCGGCCCCCGACGGCAAGCUGCCCUCCGUCGAAGGCUCCCUGGAGCUCCAGGCGCCCGACGUAGACCUCAAAGUGCCCUCUGGCGAAGGCUCCCUUGAGGGAGCCGAGCUGGAAGCCACGGGCCUGAAAGGGAAGCUGAAGCUGCCCAAGUUUGACAAGCCCAAAUUCGGAGUGUCGCCUCCCAAGGUGGAAGCGCUGGAAGGCGAGGUCAGCCUGCCCAGCGCAGACGUCGACCUGCCCUCCGCCACCGUGACGGCCGCAGCCGACGUCCCCGGCGCCAAAGCCGAAGGGGCCGGCUGGAAGGUGGAGAAGCCCUCCCUCAAAAUGCCCAAAGCUGACAUCAAAGCUCCCAAGGUGGACAUCAGCCUCCCGUCUGUGGACGUCACCCUUCCCAAGGCCAGCGUCGACCUGCAGGCGCCCGAGGCAUCCCUCACCCUGGAAGGGGAAGCCAAAGCCCCAGAGAAGGAGGCCACAAAGACCAAGGACGGCAAGUUCAAGAUGCCCAAGUUCGGCAUGCCUUCCUUUGGCUGGUCCAGCAGCAGAGAGGCCAAGGCCACCGUGGCCGCUGAUGCGGACGUCAGCCUCAAGGAGCCCCACGUGACGGUGCCCUCGGGAACCGCCGAAGUCGACGUGACCCUGCCGGCGGCCGACAUCCAAGCGCCCGCCGUGGAGGUGACCGUCGAGACGGCCGCCGCAGGAGAGGGCGAGAAAGGUCGAUUCAAGAUGCCCGACGUCAAGAUGCCCAGCGUCAAGCUGCCCAAAGUCAAAGCUCCGCACGUGCAGGUCAGCCUGCCCAAGGCCGAGGUCUCCCUGCCCAAAGGCCAGGCCGAAGUCCAGGAGGGCGAAGUCGCCCUGCAGGGCCCCGAUGCCGAAGGCGGCCUGGAGGUGGCUGCCGGCAAAGUGGAGGGGGGUGGCAUGAAAAUACACAUGCCCAAAGUCAAGGUGCCCAGCGUGGCCUUCUCCAAGCCGACCGUCAAGGCUCCCAAAGUGGAGGCGGACGUCAGCCUGCCCAAAGUCGACGCCAGCCUCCCAGAGGCCGAGCUCAAGGCCGGCGACGCCGACAUCAGCAUCGCGGCCCCCGACGGCAAGCUGCCCUCCGUCGAAGGCUCCCUGGAGCUCCAGGCGCCCGACGUAGACCUCAAAGUGCCCUCUGGCGAAGGCUCCCUUGAGGGAGCCGAGCUGGAAGCCACAGGCCUGAAAGGGAAGCUGAAGCUGCCCAAGUUUGACAAGCCCAAAUUCGGAGUGUCGCCUCCCAAGGUGGAAGGGCUGGAAGGCGAGGUCAGCCUGCCCAGCGCAGACGUCGACCUGCCCUCCGCCACCGUGACGGCCGCAGCCGACGUCCCCGGCGCCAAAGCCGAAGGGGCCGGCUGGAAGGUGGAGAAGCCCUCCCUCAAAAUGCCCAAAGCUGACAUCAAAGCUCCCAAGGUGGACAUCAGCCUCCCGUCUGUGGACGUCACCCUUCCCAAGGCCAGCGUCGACCUGCAGGCGCCCGAGGCAUCCCUCACCCUGGAAGGGGAAGCCAAAGCCCCAGAGAAGGAGGCCACAAAGACCAAGGACGGCAAGUUCAAGAUGCCCAAGUUCGGCAUGCCUUCCUUUGGCUGGUCCAGCAGCAGAGAGGCCAAGGCCACCGUGGCCGCUGAUGCGGACGUCAGCCUCAAGGAGCCCCACGUGACGGUGCCCUCGGGAACCGCCGAAGUCGACGUGACCCUGCCGGCGGCCGACAUCCAAGCGCCCGCCGUGGAGGUGACCGUCGAGACGGCCGCCGCAGGAGAGGGCGAGAAAGGUCGAUUCAAGAUGCCCGACGUCAAGAUGCCCAGCGUCAAGCUGCCCAAAGUCAAAGCUCCGCACGUGCAGGUCAGCCUGCCCAAGGCCGAGGUCUCCCUGCCCAAAGGCCAGGCCGAAGUCCAGGAGGGCGAAGUCGCCCUGCAGGGCCCCGAUGCUGAAGGCGGCCUGGAGGUGGCUGCCGGCAAAGUGGAGGGGGGUGGCAUGAAAAUACACAUGCCCAAAGUCAAGGUGCCCAGCGUGGCCUUCUCCAAGCCGACCGUCAAGGCUCCCAAAGUGGAGGCGGACGUCAGCCUGCCCAAAGUCGACGCCAGCCUCCCAGAGGCCGAGCUCAAGGCCGGCGACGCCGACAUCAGCAUCGCGGCCCCCGACGGCAAGCUGCCCUCCGUCGAAGGCUCCCUGGAGCUCCAGGCGCCCGACGUAGACCUCAAAGUGCCCUCUGGCGAAGGCUCCCUUGAGGGAGCCGAGCUGGAAGCCACGGGCCUGAAAGGGAAGCUGAAGCUGCCCAAGUUUGACAAGCCCAAAUUCGGAGUGUCGCCUCCCAAGGUGGAAGCGCUGGAAGGCGAGGUCAGCCUGCCCAGCGCAGACGUCGACCUGCCCUCCGCCACCGUGACGGCCGCAGCCGACGUCCCCGGCGCCAAAGCCGAAGGGGCCGGCUGGAAGGUGGAGAAGCCCUCCCUCAAAAUGCCCAAAGCUGACAUCAAAGCUCCCAAGGUGGACAUCAGCCUCCCGUCUGUGGACGUCACCCUUCCCAAGGCCAGCGUCGACCUGCAGGCGCCCGAGGCAUCCCUCACCCUGGAAGGGGAAGCCAAAGCCCCAGAGAAGGAGGCCACAAAGACCAAGGACGGCAAGUUCAAGAUGCCCAAGUUCGGCAUGCCUUCCUUUGGCUGGUCCAGCAGCAGAGAGGCCAAGGCCACCGUGGCCGCUGAUGCGGACGUCAGCCUCAAGGAGCCCCACGUGACGGUGCCCUCGGGAACCGCCGAAGUCGACGUGACCCUGCCGGCGGCCGACAUCCAAGCGCCCGCCGUGGAGGUGACCGUCGAGACGGCCGCCGCAGGAGAGGGCGAGAAAGGUCGAUUCAAGAUGCCCGACGUCAAGAUGCCCAGCGUCAAGCUGCCCAAAGUCAAAGCUCCGCACGUGCAGGUCAGCCUGCCCAAGGCCGAGGUCUCCCUGCCCAAAGGCCAGGCCGAAGUCCAGGAGGGCGAAGUCGCCCUGCAGGGCCCCGAUGCCGAAGGCGGCCUGGAGGUGGCUGCCGGCAAAGUGGAGGGGGGUGGCAUGAAAAUACACAUGCCCAAAGUCAAGGUGCCCAGCGUGGCCUUCUCCAAGCCGACCGUCAAGGCUCCCAAAGUGGAGGCGGACGUCAGCCUGCCCAAAGUCGACGCCAGCCUCCCAGAGGCCGAGCUCAAGGCCGGCGACGCCGACAUCAGCAUCGCGGCCCCCGACGGCAAGCUGCCCUCCGUCGAAGGCUCCCUGGAGCUCCAGGCGCCCGACGUAGACCUCAAAGUGCCCUCUGGCGAAGGCUCCCUUGAGGGAGCCGAGCUGGAAGCCACAGGCCUGAAAGGGAAGCUGAAGCUGCCCAAGUUUGACAAGCCCAAAUUCGGAGUGUCGCCUCCCAAGGUGGAAGGGCUGGAAGGCGAGGUCAGCCUGCCCAGCGCAGACGUCGACCUGCCCUCCGCCACCGUGACGGCCGCAGCCGACGUCCCCGGCGCCAAAGCCGAAGGGGCCGGCUGGAAGGUGGAGAAGCCCUCCCUCAAAAUGCCCAAAGCUGACAUCAAAGCUCCCAAGGUGGACAUCAGCCUCCCGUCUGUGGACGUCACCCUUCCCAAGGCCAGCGUCGACCUGCAGGCGCCCGAGGCAUCCCUCACCCUGGAAGGGGAAGCCAAAGCCCCAGAGAAGGAGGCCACAAAGACCAAGGACGGCAAGUUCAAGAUGCCCAAGUUCGGCAUGCCUUCCUUUGGCUGGUCCAGCAGCAGAGAGGCCAAGGCCACCGUGGCCGCUGAUGCGGACGUCAGCCUCAAGGAGCCCCACGUGACGGUGCCCUCGGGAACCGCCGAAGUCGACGUGACCCUGCCGGCGGCCGACAUCCAAGCGCCCGCCGUGGAGGUGACCGUCGAGACGGCCGCCGCAGGAGAGGGCGAGAAAGGUCGAUUCAAGAUGCCCGACGUCAAGAUGCCCAGCGUCAAGCUGCCCAAAGUCAAAGCUCCGCACGUGCAGGUCAGCCUGCCCAAGGCCGAGGUCUCCCUGCCCAAAGGCCAGGCCGAAGUCCAGGAGGGCGAAGUCGCCCUGCAGGGCCCCGAUGCCGAAGGCGGCCUGGAGGUGGCUGCCGGCAAAGUGGAGGGGGGUGGCAUGAAAAUACACAUGCCCAAAGUCAAGGUGCCCAGCGUGGCCUUCUCCAAGCCGACCGUCAAGGCUCCCAAAGUGGAGGCGGACGUCAGCCUGCCCAAAGUCGACGCCAGCCUCCCAGAGGCCGAGCUCAAGGCCGGCGACGCCGACAUCAGCAUCGCGGCCCCCGACGGCAAGCUGCCCUCCGUCGAAGGCUCCCUGGAGCUCCAGGCGCCCGACGUAGACCUCAAAGUGCCCUCUGGCGAAGGCUCCCUUGAGGGAGCCGAGCUGGAAGCCACAGGCCUGAAAGGGAAGCUGAAGCUGCCCAAGUUUGACAAGCCCAAAUUCGGAGUGUCGCCUCCCAAGGUGGAAGGGCUGGAAGGCGAGGUCAGCCUGCCCAGCGCAGACGUCGACCUGCCCUCCGCCACCGUGACGGCCGCAGCCGACGUCCCCGGCGCCAAAGCCGAAGGGGCCGGCUGGAAGGUGGAGAAGCCCUCCCUCAAAAUGCCCAAAGCUGACAUCAAAGCUCCCAAGGUGGACAUCAGCCUCCCGUCUGUGGACGUCACCCUUCCCAAGGCCAGCGUCGACCUGCAGGCGCCCGAGGCAUCCCUCACCCUGGAAGGGGAAGCCAAAGCCCCAGAGAAGGAGGCCACAAAGACCAAGGACGGCAAGUUCAAGAUGCCCAAGUUCGGCAUGCCUUCCUUUGGCUGGUCCAGCAGCAGAGAGGCCAAGGCCACCGUGGCCGCUGAUGCGGACGUCAGCCUCAAGGAGCCCCACGUGACGGUGCCCUCGGGAACCGCCGAAGUCGACGUGACCCUGCCGGCGGCCGACAUCCAAGCGCCCGCCGUGGAGGUGACCGUCGAGACGGCCGCCGCAGGAGAGGGCGAGAAAGGUCGAUUCAAGAUGCCCGACGUCAAGAUGCCCAGCGUCAAGCUGCCCAAAGUCAAAGCUCCGCACGUGCAGGUCAGCCUGCCCAAGGCCGAGGUCUCCCUGCCCAAAGGCCAGGCCGAAGUCCAGGAGGGCGAAGUCGCCCUGCAGGGCCCCGAUGCCGAAGGCGGCCUGGAGGUGGCUGCCGGCAAAGUGGAGGGGGGUGGCAUGAAAAUACACAUGCCCAAAGUCAAGGUGCCCAGCGUGGCCUUCUCCAAGCCGACCGUCAAGGCUCCCAAAGUGGAGGCGGACGUCAGCCUGCCCAAAGUCGACGCCAGCCUCCCAGAGGCCGAGCUCAAGGCCGGCGACGCCGACAUCAGCAUCGCGGCCCCCGACGGCAAGCUGCCCUCCGUCGAAGGCUCCCUGGAGCUCCAGGCGCCCGACGUAGACCUCAAAGUGCCCUCUGGCGAAGGCUCCCUUGAGGGAGCCGAGCUGGAAGCCACAGGCCUGAAAGGGAAGCUGAAGCUGCCCAAGUUUGACAAGCCCAAAUUCGGAGUGUCGCCUCCCAAGGUGGAAGGGCUGGAAGGCGAGGUCAGCCUGCCCAGCGCAGACGUCGACCUGCCCUCCGCCACCGUGACGGCCGCAGCCGACGUCCCCGGCGCCAAAGCCGAAGGGGCCGGCUGGAAGGUGGAGAAGCCCUCCCUCAAAAUGCCCAAAGCUGACAUCAAAGCUCCCAAGGUGGACAUCAGCCUCCCGUCUGUGGACGUCACCCUUCCCAAGGCCAGCGUCGACCUGCAGGCGCCCGAGGCAUCCCUCACCCUGGAAGGGGAAGCCAAAGCCCCAGAGAAGGAGGCCACAAAGACCAAGGACGGCAAGUUCAAGAUGCCCAAGUUCGGCAUGCCUUCCUUUGGCUGGUCCAGCAGCAGAGAGGCCAAGGCCACCGUGGCCGCUGAUGCGGACGUCAGCCUCAAGGAGCCCCACGUGACGGUGCCCUCGGGAACCGCCGAAGUCGACGUGACCCUGCCGGCGGCCGACAUUCAACCACCUUCUUUUGAAGUUGUCAUAGAUUCUUCUUCUGGAAAGGGCGAUGACUUGGUUAAAACUAAAUCUUCUAUAUUUAGAAUCCCUAAGGUUUCACUUUCUAAAAAUUCCAAAGGUGAGAUGCUGAGUCCGUCUGCUGUUGACGUUUCUGUUUCAGAAAACGUUUGUGGUUCAGUAGCAGAGGAAUCUCCUGCUGUUGUUUCAGGCAGCAUUGAAUCUACAUAUCUUCUUGACAAUAAGGGAGAUAGUGCCUCUAAAAAUACUAAAUUCAGAAUUCCUAGCUUGGGUUUUUCCAAAGUUGAUAUCAGUUCUUCUAAAAUUGAACAGGAAUCCCCAUUACCAAAAGGGGACAUUACUCUUACUAAAUAUAAAAUUAAUGUAGCCGAAUGUGAAUCAACAGUAUCGUCUCUUGCUGAUGAGAAUCUUUCAGUAUCAGAUUUUGAAUUUGUAAAUGAAGAGGUUUCUUUGGAGCAAGGAACUCUCAAGCCAGGAAUUAAAAUACCAGCUUCUGAAAUAUCUUUACAUGACACAGAGAUUACAGUUAAAAUUCCUAAAUUUCGAAAACCAAAAUUUGGAAUUUCUUGGUCUAAGGGAAAACCAUCAGGAACUGAUGUUGGUUCCAAAGUGGAAUCUGAAAUUUCCAAGGGUAGCAUAACCUCUGAUAUGACUGAUGCCAAUAUUGAAAAAACAACUUCAAGCCUUCAUGCUGAAUUAGGUGUAAAUAUUCACAAGCCUGAAUCUGUUCUGGAUGCACCAAAGCUGGAUGUCAGUCUCCCAUCAACAGAAGUUACCAUGCCAAAAUUAGAAGUGGAUUUCCAUGGCCCAGCUAUAGAGUGCAAGGCAGAACAGGAAGUAGUUUCAGGAGAGAAAGACAAUGAGGAGAAAGGAAACAAAUUUAAAACAUCAAAAUUCAAACUACCUUCAUUUAGUUGGUCACCAAAGAAAGAAGCUGUUGCUCCUUCUGAAGAUGAGGGACAUCGGGAAGAACUCACCUCAGAUAUUCAAAUAAUUGAAGGCUCCCUUGAGGUGAAGAGUCCUGACACAAGUGUUGAAAGAACACCAAGUGAAAUUGCUGUGGGUGAUGUUGAAACAAAAAUUGAAGGUUCUGAAGGGAAAAUAAAAAUGCCUAAAUUCCAUAUCCCAAAGUUGGGAAUUACACAUUCAAAAGGGAAAGUUUCAGAAAAGGAUGUAAGCAAAUCCAAAUCAGAAGUCAAGGUUCCCCAACUAAAAGCAACAGUAGAAAUAGCUGACAUUGCUGUUGAAGCACUAAAUUUGGAGGUGGCAUGUGGUGCAGGAACAGAAACUUACAGUCCUAAAAUAAAAAUGACCAAAGAUGACAAUAAGGCAUCAGAGGCUGAUCUUCACCUCCCAUCAACUGACAUUUCUGUUCCAAAACCAGACAGUGAUAUUCAGGAUUUAGAUGCAGCACUAAAAAUCAAAGGGGAAAUAAAGCAAGAUGGAGAGGGAGAAGAGAAAGAAGGACAUUUCAAAAUGCCAAAAUUUAAACUUCCAUCCUUCAGUCGGUCACCAAAGAAGGAAGCAAGUGUUAAACCAGAUUCUGGAGCAAAUUUGGAAGAUCCUAAACUUGCUACAGUGUCAGGCAGUAUAGACACAGAAGUGAGAGGAACUGCAACUGAUGAUCAAGGUACUGGACCAGCCCUUGAUCUGGAAAUAUCUGCAGGAAAAGGUGAACAAAAAAGUCCAAUUAAAAAGCCUCAAUUUGUCAUGCCUAAAAUUUCACUCUCCAAGAUCAAGGUUCCUAAAUCUCAGACACAUCCACCAAAAGUUGAAGCUGAUGCUUCUGUUCCUAAAACAGAAAGAGAGGGUGAUGAUUCAAUACAGAUACCUGAUAUAGAAAUAAGUUAUUCCAAAAGGACAGAAGAAGGGGCACAAAUAAGCAUUAAACCAGCUGAUGUUAAGAUCCCUACUGUGGACUUUUCCAAAAAAGAAACGGGAGCUUUCCAAACUGAAAUGGGAAUCAGCUCAGCAAAGAUUGAAGCUGCUCUGCCUUCCUCAGAAGGGAGUUUUCAACAGGUUGUUCUAAAAUCGAGUUCUACCAAUGAAGAUACCAUCCAAAAAACAGGUAUUAAGUUACACAAAGGAGAAGCUUCAAUUGAACUGGGGAGCCCUGAAAUAGCAACAGAAAUAUCAUCAGUUGUGGAUGAAAGAAAGAUGAAAUUGGAAGGUCCUGAAGGGAAGAUUAAAAUGCCCAAAUUUCAGAAGCCAAAGUUUGGAAUCUCCCUAACAAAAGAGAAGGGCCCAGAGACAGAGAUCAGGUCUCCAAAAACAGAAGCUGAACCACCCCAGCUAAAAAUGACAAACGAAAUUGCUGAUAUUGCUGUGGGAGUUCCAGCAUCAGAACUUACAUCUUAUAUGUCAGAUCUUGGAUUAGGUGUUUGUAAGACAAAAACACCCCAAGUUCCGACAGCUGUCAUCGAAGAUCCAAAGGGAGAAAUAAGCCCUAAGUCACUGUCUAAAUCAAUGACAGAGGGAGCUAUUGAGAGCCUUGAGGACAAAAAAAUCAAAUUAAAAGAACAUGAAAUAAAAGCUGAAGAAGUUCAGACAGAAGAACAUCAGGGAUGGUUCAAAAUGCCAAAAUUCAGAAUACCUACAUUUGGAAGGACAUCCUUAAAGGAAAAAAAGGGUGAUGCUGAUAUUGAAAAAAGUAUGGAAAAAGCUCAGGCAGGCAUUCCCUCUGCUGAAGUACAAACUGAAACAAGUAUUCCUGAAAAUACCUUCUCAUUACCACAUGCACUUGCUGAAAUUACUAUUGGAAAACAAGGGAUUCCAAAAUCAGGGGACACUGUGAAGAGUUCUGAUGUUAGCUUGCCAAAGGUGGAAGGAGAUAUUCCAUUAUCUGCAGAAGGAACAGAUAGUAAAGUGAAUAUUCCAAAAACUGAAACUUACGCAGACAUAGUUAAGCACGGUGCUGAAGGACAAGCAACACACACUUCAGAAUUCACAGUGUCUUCAGCAGAAUCAUCUAAAUCACAUGUAAGUGCUCCAGAAAUUACCGAUGACAACAGCUUAACAAAUAGGUUUUCCACGUGUACUCUGACUCUUCAAGAGGAAAAAGUCAAAUCACAGGAUAUGAAAGUCCCGAAGGUAGAAAGUUCCACUAAGCUAGAGACUUCAGGAGUAGGAUGUAAACCAUCAGCAGCUGAAAUUACUCUGAAAGCAACACAGGAGAAAAUAGAUGUUAGUCUUCCAAAGGAAGUGCUAGAUAUUCAAAAUCAAGAGGCAGUUAUUAAAACAGGAAAGAUACAGGGUGAGAUGAAAACUGUAGGAAAGGACAGCGAAGGAAACGAAUUAAAAAGACCUACGUAUGAAUGGUCUACAACAAAGGGAUCAGAAGAGGGUGCUUAUGUUACAGCUAAACUGGAAGAUCUGAAGGUAGAAGUUCCAACACUGAAGAUGGAUGUUAAAAUUGCCAGAGUAGAUCCUGAAAUGAAAUUUCAAGUGAAAAGUGUUGAAAAGGACAUGUCUGCAGGGGUGGAAGUGCAAGUAGAAGAUGGAGCAGAAACAAGUAAAAUUAAAAUACACAAGUUUAAGAUUCCAAAGUUCGGAGUGUUGCAUCCAGAAGUGAAGGAUUUUGAAAAUUAUAUCAAUUUGCCAAAGUCAGGAGCUGAUUCAGUAUCUAAAACUGAACCAGGCACAGCAGAAAUGCGGUUUCAAAAAUCAGAAGGAUCUGUUGGCCUGAAAAGUCCAGCUCUAGAUAAUGUGGAAUUGUCUGACAGAAUAACAGUGGAAACAGUGGACAAAUCACAAGGUGGCCCAGAAGUAAAUAUAAAAUUUCCCAAACUAAAAAUACCAAGAUUCACUUUCAAAGCUCUCCCAACUGAAGCUGAUGUUUCGGUGUCAACAGUGGUAACAGAUCCAAAGGGAUCUAGUGCUGACAUUGAAGUAGUGCAACUGCAAGCAAGCUCUGCUGUACCUGAAGGAGCACCAGAGGCUCUAGAGGGUGGCAUUCAAAAAGCAAAAAGCAAAAUUCUCACACUGACAGAACCUGACAUUAAAACAGCACAGAUGACUACUACCAUAGAGUCCUCCCUUUCAAAUGCAAGACAAGAUGUUCAUUGGUCAUAUAUAGACGGCCAAGAAGUAAGUGAGAAAGUAGAACCUGAACAUGUUGCUAUUGAAAGGUGUGAGAUUUACACUACUGAAAUACUGAAAGAAUCAGAGAUUCUCUCAUCAGAAGUCAAAACUGCUACUUUGGGAUUCUCAUUGCUCAAGGUAAAGUUGCCUGAAUCACAUAGCAACUUAGAAGUGCUAGUCCAGAAGCCAUUGUCGACAGAAGAUGAUUCAGUGAGCAAACCUAAAGGUGCCGAUGAAAGCUUUGGAGUAGCAGCACAGAGGAUUGGCAGUGCUGAACUUAAACUGUCUGACAAACUACAUGGUGGACCUGAAGAAUCUAGUGGAGAAAUAAAUUUGCCAAAGUUAAAACCACUUGCAGUUGAAGUAAAGCCUUCCAGUAAACUUGAAGAGAGUUGUCCUGAUAAGUCACCAGAGGGAAUAACUGCAGGUCCUCUCUCUAAAGAUGUGGAUGUAGCUGAAGGACUAGAAGAUGAAGAAAAAGACAUAGCAAAUGAAAAAGAGAAGACUGAUAGUAAAAGAUCUCCUGGAAGAUUCAAAUUUUGGGUUCCAAGUAUUGGCUUUUCAUCUUCCGGUGAUGAAACAAGCACAGAUGCAAAAAUAGAAAUAAAAAAGACAGUUCCAGAAGAUGUGAAAUCUGCUGACACAUCAGAUAAUGAUUCUUCUAAGCAAACUGAAAAAACUGGAUGGUUUAGAUUUCCCAAGCUUGGUUUCACAUCUCCUUCCAAAAAGGCGAAGACUGUUGCCAAAGAAGAGGUGGGUCAUAAAGAGGGAAGAAUCUCGGAUGAAGAUAGCCCAUCAGAUAAACCUGAUGUAUUUUUUGAUGCCCAAGAAAGCUUAUCACCUAAAGAAACAACAGAGGGUGAAAAUGUUGCAACUGAUGGGGCCUCACCCAGUGUUCCAGUUUCUCGAACUAUCGUGACAUCUUCAGCAAGAACGGAACUAAUCUUGUUGGAAGAAGGAAAAGAUAGUCAAUCCAAUACUCCUGGAGAUAAAACCAAAUGAAGAUUGUCUUUUCUGAUACCUCAAUGAAAAUCUACAUGUACAGAAAAUAAUGUUUUCUUAAUUCUCUCAUAACUGAAUAUUAAACAAAACCCCAAGCUGUUAUUAAUUUAAACAGCUGAAAAGAAUUUACCACAUUCAAAUUUUCAGUACAUGGAUGUGCUGUACCCUGUGCUAGUAAAAAUACUGAUUUCUUCAAAUCUACCCCAAAGACAACAAUUACUGUAGGUACUGAGGAGCCCAUAUUUUUUAGAAAAGUUUGAAAAGAUACCUGAACCAUGAAAGUAAGCCAUGGAAAACCUCCAUGAUAGCAAAAAGACUUGUUAAAUAGGCUUCUCAAAACCACACCGAUUAUGUUUAGACUAUGGAUUGUUUCCAGAAUUGGGUAUAAACUAGUACUACGAGAAAUAUACUUACCUGUUUAGAUUUUGGACAUUUCUGACUUACUUUUGCUUUCUUAUUAAAAUAUUUUUUUUUCUUUUUUUUUUUUUUUCCAGCUAAGGUAAUAUGUGUAUUCCACAAGCAUUUUGAAAUACAAAAUAAAACCAAAAUACUAGUGUAGAGAGACUAAUGCUUUACCUCUUCCUCUCUUCUAAUUUUUUAUUAUUGUGGUGGGUCUAUUUAGCCUUAAAAGAAUUAAACAAACAAACAAAAAACACAAGAGAAUAACUUCAAGACCAAAACCUAUAUAACUAAUUCACAUUUUUAAGAUACUAAAAUAAAACGUGAUGAUGAAGAAUAAUUAUGAAAAUGUGGAUAAAUAAAUUUUAAUGUAUAUAUUUACUGGAUAGUUAAAUGCACAAAAUGAUCUGCCACACUGGUGGAAUUGCUUCAAAGAUUUUCUGGAAAAGGAGAUGUACAUAAUUAUUUGCUUCUUUGUUUAUAUUAGUGCUUCUCUCAAGUGCACAACGAAAACCAGAGUGCAUAUGUGACAGCCUUCACAUGUAUCGUUAGAACACUGUCUGUAUUCUUAAUUCACAAUAAACUCACCAUAGGAAUAAUAA